GUUCCUCGGUAUAUGUGCCCACCCUUUGAGCUCUACUUCUCUUCCUCACUCCCAAACCCUACUGUCACAAUUUUGGUCUCUCUCUCUCUCUCUCUAACUGCAAAGAACACCAAGCUACAUAUUUCUCUCUCCAUCUCUCUUGUCUCUGUGUAAUGACGGACAGACGGAUAAGGACGUGUUUGGAGGUGAAUUUCUUGCUUUUAUCUCAAAAUAUAGAGUAAUUCAGGAGACGCUAGACAAGAAGAGAUAAUCUUGGUUUGGGCUUCAGCUUGAGCUUCAGCUUGAGCUUGCGGGCCAACAAUGGUGGCCGGAAAGAUGAAAGCGGCAAUGGGGUUGCAGAACUCACCCAGAACUCUUAAGCCGGAGACUACGCCGACGAAAUCCCAUACCCCUUCGCCCAGCUCUGGGAAGGUUUCUGCGAAGACGAUGUUCUCUCGCUCAUUCGGUGUUUAUUUUCCUCGCUCCUCCGCCCAGGUGCAGCCACGGCCGCCAGACGUGACGGAGCUCCUCCGCCUCGUGGAGGAGCUGCGCGAGAGAGAGUCUCGCCUGAAAACAGAGCUUCUCGAGCAGAAGCUCAAGAAAGAGUCCGCAGCCAUUAUUCCUGUUCUGGAGAGCGAGAUAUCGGCGAAGAAUGCUGAAAUCGAAAGGUGUUCGAUGAGGAUUGAGUGUCUGGAAGCUGAAAACGGGAGGCUCAGAACAGAGGUAGAAACGUUGAGAGCAAAUAUUGAAGAAAAACGGAGAGAGAGUGAGCAGAAGAUGAAGGCAAUGGAGGCCGAGAUGGCAGAUUUGAGACGAAACGUUGAAGAAAGUAACAGAAGAAGCGAGAGUAAGGAGCUGUGGAAGGAAGCAGGGGAGAAUGACGAGAUGUUGUCAUCGCAGAGGUUUCAAAGCUUAAGUGAUUUGUCCUCGAAGUCCUAUCUGAUGAAGAAUUUGAAGAAGGGAGUGAAGUGUACGAGCGUUAAUGGUUCGAAUCAGGAAAAUCACAAAGUUGAGUGUGGAGAUUUGAAGAUCAGAGAUGAAGUUGAAACAGAGAGACCGAGGCACUCUCGAUCUAAUUCGGAAGAAAUCGCCGAGACCUCCGAGUCGAUACUGUCUGCCGCUAGAUCUCGCAUUCCUAGGGUUCCAAAGCCUCCCCCAAGACCAUCUUCAUCUUCUUCUUCUUCAUCGUCGUCGUCGUCAGCUCAGACUUCUAAUAUUACAGAGAGUAAAGCUACGGCAGAACAGGCGAUUCUACCUCCACCUCCGCCACCAAAAUCAAUGCCACCGCCGCCUCCUCCUCCACCGCCGUCGAAGGCUGCGCCACCACCUCCGCCCCCUCCCCCGCCACGCACGAAGGGGCUAAAACCGGUGCCGGCGAAGGUAAGACGAGUGCCGGAGGUGGUGGAGUUCUACCACUCUCUAAUGCGAAGAGACUGCUCCCGGAGGGACUCUUCCGUCGGAGCGGCCGACCCACCGGUCGCCUCCAGCGCCCGCGACAUGAUCGGGGAGAUCGAGAACCGCUCCACCCACCUGCUCGCCAUCAAAACAGAUGUGGAAAUCCAAGGAGACUUCAUUAGGUUUCUGAUCAAAGAAGUUGAGAAUGCUGCAUUCACUGAUAUUGAAGAUGUAGUCCUCUUCAUUAAGUGGCUUGACGAUGAGCUCUCUUAUUUGGUGGAUGAAAGGGCAGUGCUAAAACACUUCCAAUGGCCCGAACAGAAGGCAGAUGCCUUGCGAGAAGCCGCAUUCGGGUACUGUGAUCUCAAGAAGCUCGAGUCGGAGGUGUCCUCCUUUCAUGAUUAUGCAAGACAACCUUGUGGCCCUGCUCUUAAAAAGAUGCAAGCUUUGUUUGACAAAUUGGAGCAUGGGGUGUACAACCUCUCGCGAAUGAGAGAAUCAGCUACUAAUCGAUAUAAGGUGUUUCAUAUUCCUGUGGAUUGGAUGCUUGAAACUGGAUUUGUGAGUCAGAUCAAGCUGGCUUCUGUGAAAUUAGCAAUGAAAUACAUGAAAAGAGUAUCUGCAAAGCUUGAAACGGGAGGCGGUGGUCCUGAAGAAGAAGAGCUUAUAGUUCAAGGAGUAAGAUUUGCAUUCCGAGUGCAUCAGUUUGCCGGAGGUUUUGAUGUGGAAACCAUGAGAGCAUUCCAAGAGCUGAGAGAGAAAGCAAGAUCGUAUCAAGUACUACAGUGCCAAAGCCAGCAACACCAGAAGCUUCUGUGCAGAUCAACCACCAUCCCGAUCAAUCUGUAGCAAACUCAGCUUCAGAAAUGCUACGAGUUUUUGCUGUAAAGAUUUAACAUUUUAUUAUUAUAUGUGGGAUGUGAAUAAAAUGUCGGUUUUUGGAUUUU